AGUCAUAAGGGGUAAAACAGCAGUAUCAUGAAAAAGCAGGAAAAAAAGCAGAGAAUCAUGAUUCUAUCAGUGGAAAGAAGGAAAAGAAAUAGUAAUGAGGGUGGGAUCUGCAGCCAAAAUCAGGUGGAAACUGUGAGGGCUGAAGGGAACGUGGAUGAGGUAAAGGAUGCAAGAAAGUGUGUGUCAUAACAGCAGCAUGGGAUCAGGACUUGCACGUGCAGCAGGAGCUGGCAAGAGACUGGAGAAGAGCCAGCGAAGCCAGCAGAGCACAGCAGCUAGAACGGGAAGCAAAGAAGCUGCAGAACAGGACACGGAAUAGACACCGUGGAAGGCACAAGAAUGCACUUGCAAAAUGCUGUGAGGAUAGACUUGUGCAUGUUUCUUUCGCCAGGCAGCCCUCCUUGGCCAAAACGCUCAAGGAGACAAAAAAGUAGUUUGGGUUAUGAUAUAGAGAAAGAGAGACAGCAGGAAAACAACUGCCCAGAGCAUGCAGACCCCCUUCAAUGCUGGCAACAGGUGCCAGCAUUGUCCAGACAAAAAAGAGAAGUGGGGAAGAGGAGGCAGUGGAAGGGUGAGAGCUACAGCUGUCUGCUUGUGACACAGCCACCUAAAGGAAGAUGUGCAAGCCAGCACCUCGUGAUCAGACAGCAUUUAUGACUCACUGUAGCGAGCCUACGGUUGCAUUUCCAUUAAUAACAAUGAUAGCUCAUCAGAACCACCACUGAGUUUUUACCAGUAAAAAGGAAAUCCAAUCCAAACUUACUUCUGUGUCAUUCAAAUGAUUUGUAACCACAACUAUUUUCAACAAGGACCGGAAAACAAGUGUUCGUGAAUUUCUACGUAACAGGCACACACCCAAAGGCCACCUAAAUAUUUAAAUUUUAUAAAGACAAUUGAGCUGAGAAGUUUGCUUUUAAAUCAUGCAAACCUUGAUCUAAGCUUCUUAGUAAUCCUCCUACUCUUGACACUUCCUGCAGCAAGUGUUGGUAAACUUCCUCUUUAGCUGCAGAAACUUGCUUCAACGUGAGACAAGCCAUUUUAGAGCUGCUCGACUCCUAGCACAGUCUGUCCUCCUAAGGCUUCAAACAAAAAAUAAGACAGUGCUUGCCUGACAGAAGACAAAGGAGAAGACGUAUUUAAAUAGACUGCUGGAAAAUGGUCAGCAAGACAGUAAUACUGGUUCUCUUCUGUGGAGAAAUUUGGAAAUCGCUGUCCACUGAAACACCUUCAAAUGUUUCCACAAGUGAAAGCAGUGUGCAUACCAGCACCAGGAGUCUGACAGAGGACAGAUCUACCACAUACCAGCUGCAAACAACCAGCCCCAGCAUGCAGGAGCCUGCAGGAGCGCUGACCGCUGGGACAACACUGCCACAGCUGCCUGAACCACACAUAGAGCCCACCAACGGGAGCUGGGUAGCAGCAAUGAUAACGGGCAUUGUUUUGGUCAGUAUGGUCAUUGCUAUUGGUAUCAUUCUUCUGUGGAAAUGCUGCAAGAGGCCACUGCAAGUCGAUUCAAAUUGGGCAGGUCAGUCUCCGUUUGCAGAUGGAGACACACCAGAUGUCUUUAUGGACUCUGCCCAGGCUACCAAACGUUCAUCGGUUUUAUUUAUGCUGCCUUGGAAAUCAAGAGAAAAUGCAUCCGUACAGCACGAUCCUCCUGCACCCGAGAAACCACCUAACGGCACCGCCAGCAACGACAGCAGCCAGCAGCCCCCAGCAGCACACAGCUGCUCCACCACCAGCACCGCUGCAGCAACGGCUCCCGGCCCAGACGCAGCGAGCCCGGAGCAGGAGCAGGAGCAGGAGCUGUGCCCCCAGGCGGCCGAGAGCCUCGAGCUGCCGCCUCCCCCCGCGUGGCUCACUGAGCCUGCCGGGGAGCACGCCUCGGAUCCCGGCCAGCAAGAGGAGCUUCGCUUGGAAGUGAAGGAACCGUAUCCCCCACCGCCCGAGCUAAUUACUGAAGAGAUUCACGAAUCUCUGCCACAGCCAGAACACCCUCAGUAGAUUGCCAAAAUGACUUUCCAAAACGCUCCUCAUUUUUCUUAAGUGAAGCAUUCUUCAAAUAACUGAAUAAUGGAGAAGUUGACACAGGCAAGAACAGUGAGACCGCAGCACGAGCAGCAGCUCCCUGGCAUUUCUCAACUUCAGCUUUCACAAAAGGGAAGAACCCCUUUCUGCCUGAAACAAACCAUGUCAGAACACAGCACGCCUGGUGCCCGCUGCACGGACAGUGGGUGACUGCACAGCGCAGACAGCCAGCGAGCCCUGACCUUGGAGGCCGCAGAGAACAGCGCGUGUACCCUUGUGUGUCCGUACAUGUAACACACAGAUGGACAUGGAGCAUUCAAGAGACAGUAAAACUUUAGAGGGACUCAGAGCUUCUCACAAAGGUUUGUUCUAUUAGACUACAUAAAUGAAAGCAAUGAAUUCAAGUUAAUUUUAAUAAAGCUUUCUAAUUCAAA